UUCAAGAUGGCGGCGCCCGGGGGCAGCUCGGGCCCGGACACCGACACCGACUCGGACGGCAGCGGCGGGGCGGCAGCGCGGUUCCGGGAGGCCGCCUGGGACUGCGCUGCGCAGGCGGGGCCGCGCGGCGGUGGCUUGAAAAAGGAUGAGUUACAGCCUGCUCAGCCUAGCCUGAGGCAUGAGGUGAAUGGUCACAGUGAGGAUGGAAAUGAGCUACAGACAACCCCAGAGUUCAGAGCACAUGUUGCCAAGAAACUGGGAGCAAUGCUGGACAGUUUCAUCACUGUCUUGAAGGACUCAUCAGAACCUUCACAAACGUCUGUGCAGCACUCUGACUCUGGAGAGGAUGGUUUUCGCCUCUUCUCUUCCUCUGUCCCGGGAGACACUGGGAAACCAGAGCCUGGCCCUGCGAGAAGGAGGAGACAGCCAUCCAGCUCCAGUGACACAGACAGUGACCAAGAGUGGCAAAGGUACCAGGAGGCUGCUGUGUCAGCCACAGACAUUCUGAAGCAAAGUGCUUUUCCUGCACUGUCCCAGGAUUCUAGCCAGGAUCCGAGUCAGGGUUACGUAGAGCACCACCAUAAAAAAAAGAAAAAGAAAAUCAGGGGAGAGAAUAAAAUUCAAGAGAAAAUAAUAGACCCAGCAGAGUGUGACCAAAUCAGCAGAGAUUUGCCGCGGUCGGUGUCUGCAAAUGGACAGUAUGAGAGACAGGACAGCAGUGAAACAGAGGACUCAGUUGUACCAGCAGCUGUGAAGAAGAAAAAGAAGAAGAAAAGAGAAUGAAGAUUUUACUCUGAAAAUGACAGGUGAUUAUGAUGGAUGAAGGAUGCUGGAAAAAAAAACAAAAACAAAAACCAACAAACAACUACCAAAAGAGUUGUUGCAGAUGAGGGAAAAUUAAUUGGCGAAGCUUCUGUUCUAAAAGCUCAGUGGCCUGAGAAUCUAAUAAGUGAUUUCCUGUGUUGCUGGUGUCCCUUGGGGAAGGGAAUGUUCUUCUGGCACAGCAGUUAUCUAUGCUGCUGCUUAUGCAAACCUAGGGUAAAAGGAUUAACUGCUGCACACAGACUUGGUGGCAGAGGGAUAUACUCAGAGCUGCAGCCCUCCUGAUCUGUUCCUUCACAUCAGGAAACCAAAUCUUGUGUCCUGGAGAAAAUGUAUGAUUAAUUGAAUUUGGUUUACAUAGCAACAGGUGAUCAACUCCUCUUCUUCACCUCCUCCUAGAUGUCUACUAAGAAUAACUCCAGCCUGUGGGAGACUUAUUUAUCAAAAGCAUCCUGUCAGAUACCAGGGCCCCUUUAUUUUUUUUCCUGUGAUCAUAACAAUCUGUUGUUGAGACCUGCUAUGUUACUAAUCCCUCAGUAAUCUGCAUCUCUCCUGGGCCUCUGCAUAUAAACUGUGUGCAGUGAGCUUAUUUCAGAGUUGUUAUCAAUAGGUAGUUCUGUUCAACUUGAUGCCCUUUUAAUUUUUUUAAUGUAUAGUUAUUUUAUGGCAUUUGUUGCUAUUAAAUUCUACUACACUA